AUGUGCAACGGAGUUAUUGAUUGCAACAAUGGAGAGGACGAAGAGGGCUGUGCUCCGAUCUGUGACCCUAACGCCUGCAGACUGCCAGACUGCAAGUGCAGUAGCCCAGACGCUCCAGGAAAUCUCCAGAUAAAUGAGAUUCCGCAGCUGGUUAUGAUUGGCUGGGAUGGUGCUCUGAGAGUAGAGGACUACAACCAUCUUCUCCAGCAGAUCCUCAAGAAGGUGAAUGCCCAGAGACAAAGAGAACCACGAACGAACCCCAAUGGUUGCCCGUUAACCGCAACUUUCUUCACUAGCCAUCAGUUCACUGAUUACGCAGCAGUCCAGUCGAUGUACGCCGAGGGAAAUGAGAUCGCCUCAUUCUCUAUCACAAAGCAGCUGCCAUCAGAGUACUGGGCCCAGGCUUCAGAUGCCGAACUCUCUGCUGAGUAUGCCGGACAGCGCGCCAUGUUCAGUAGGUUCUCUGGCAUCCCGGCCAGUGCCAUCAAGGGAGUGCGAUCUGCUUACCUGCAGACCAAGGGAAGCGACUUCGUUAACCUCAUUAAGGAUGAUGGAUUCACAUGGGAUUCUUCCUACCCAACCGACAAGAUUGAUCCUCCCCUGUGGCCAUACACCUUCGAUUCCCAGUCUACUG